GUGGCCACUACAUACUGUAUAAAAACAGUAGCGUGAGGACAGUGAAAGGAAGCCACCAAGCGUCUUUCUUUGCACGAGCAACAUGAUUCUGUGGACAACAUGGCCUCUCCUUAUAGGCGCACUACUCUCAAUUCAAGGUGGCUCCAAAGCUCAGGAGUGCGGAAUGGCGCCGUUAAACACGAAGAUAGUCGGGGGUGUGAAUGCCUUGGCGGGCUCGUGGCCUUGGCAAGUCAGCGUUCACUAUAGGGGGUUUCACAUUUGCGGAGGGACCGUGAUCAGCAGGGACUGGGUGCUCUCGGCAGCCCACUGCAUUCUAAGUGCUGGAAUUUCUCCAUGGACACUGUACUUUGGAAAGCUGACUCAGAGUGGUCCAAACCCUAAUGAGGUCUCACGCACAGUGGCUCAGGUCAUCGUUCAUCCUGACUACAACAACAGUACCUUUCAAAAUGACAUUGCCCUCUUCAGGCUGAGAAGUCCCAUCACUUACACUAACUACAUCCAACCUGUCUGUAUGGCGAGCAACACCAGUCAGUUCCACAGUGCCACAAAGUGCUGGGGCACAGGCUGGGGCAGGCUGGGGAGUGAUCAGCCAGAUGUAGGGUAUGACAUACUGCAAGAAGUUGAGAUUCCAGUGGUUGGAAACAAGCAAUGUGCCUGCAACUACAAUUUGGUGCCACAUAACAUUACCAGCAGCAUGCUGUGUGCCGGGGAGGAGGGCAGAGGAAUAUGCCAGGGUGAUUCUGGUGGACCUUUGCAAUGUAAACAAGGCUCAAGAUGGAUCCAGGCAGGCAUUGUCAGUUUUGGCGUACCCUGCGCCAACAAAGGAUUCCCGGAAGUCUUUGCCCGUGUGUCGUAUUUUCAGAGCUGGAUCACAGCGCAAGUGUCAGGGGCAAACAUUAACUUUGUGACCCACACCCAAACUGGUAACGACACAGACAGCAACUUUGUGUGCGAAGACAACUCUGCAACCAAAGCAAGUCUUUCAGGAUUUAGUCUCUUGCUCCUCCUGCUGUUUGCUCAGGCGCUGUAACCAACGGCAACUUGUCUUUGUACUCCACAAUUUAGCACUUGAUCAUAUGGCAAAAAAGUUUACAGUACAUUAAAAUGAUAGAUUUAUGAUUUGAA